AGGCCGUUACGUUGAGGGCAACGGCCAGGGCAGUGAAGAGGCAGUAAGCAGUGGUGCUGGAGGCUUCCGCGUUUGCUGUUGAACCGAGGCAGAGCGGGGGAAGGGCGGCUUUUGCUGAGCUCCGUCCGUUACGGGUGGGGAGGAGGGGAUGAGCCUGUGAGGGGCGGCGAAUCGAAGAGGUUGAGGGGAGAAGGAGACCGGCCGCAGGCAGGCAGAGAGGCGCGGAGCGAUGUCUCAGCCGCCUCAGCAACAUCCGCCUCAACAGGAGCAGCAGCCGGUGUCGGCGCCGGUGUCGAAAAAAAGGGACCGGCGGAUCUUCUCGGGCACUUGCCCUGAUCCCAAGUGCCAGGCGCGCUUGUUCUUCCCGGCGCACGGGCCACUGAGCAGCGGGAGCAUCGAAUGCACGGACUGCGGGCAGCGCUAUGAGCAGCGGCAACUGCUGGGGGUGGAAGAGGUAACGGACCCGGACCUGGUGCUGCACAACCUGCUGCGAAACGCGCUGCUAGGGGUGAGCGGGGCGGGGCCUCCCCGGAAGAACACGGAGGUGAUCAAAGUCAUGGGCCUCUCCAAUUACCACUGCAAGCUGCUGUCUCCUAUCCUGGCCCGGUAUGGCAUGGACAAGCAGACGGGCAAGGCCAAACUCCUCAGGGAGAUGAACCAGGGGGAUGUAUUUGACUGUUCUCUUCUUGGGGAUCGUGCCUUCCUGAUCGAGCCUGAGCACGUGGAGACUGUGGGCUAUGGCAAAGAUCGCUCUGGCAGCCUUCUCUAUUUGCAUGACACCCUAGAAGAUAUAAAGAAGGCCAACAACAGCCAGGAAUGCCUCAUCCCGGUCCAUGUGGAUGGUGAUGGCCAUUGUUUAGUCCAUGCUAUCUCCCGGGCAUUAGUGGGCAGGGAAUUGUUCUGGCAUGCAUUACGAGAGAACCUCAAGAAACACUUUAUCGAGAGCCUUGCCCGCUACAAAGCCCUGUUUCAUGACUUCAUUGAUGCAGUGGAAUGGGAGGACAUCAUCAAUGAGUGUGACCCUAGUUUCAUUCCCCCAGAAGGUGUGCCUAUGGGCCUUAGAAACAUCCACAUCUUUGGUCUAGCCAAUGUGCUACAUCGGCCUAUCAUUCUCUUGGAUUCCCUAAGUGGAAUGCGUAGUUCAGGAGACUACUCUGCGACAUUCCUUCCUGGAUUGAUACCGGAAGAAAAAUGCAUGGGGAAAGAUGGCAUGUUAAACAAGCCUAUCUGUAUUGCCUGGAGUAGUUCUGGACGUAACCAUUAUAUUCCUCUAGUUGGAAUAAAAGGUGCUGCUUUGCCUAAAUUGCCUAUGAAAUUACUUCCUAAAGCUUGGGGGGUACCUCAGGACCUUAUUAAAAAGUAUAUAAAACUGGAAGAGGAUGGUGGCUGUGUGAUAGGAGGAGACAGAAGUUUGCAAGACAAAUAUUUGAUGAGACUGGUUGCUGCCAUGGAGGAGGUCUUUAUGGAUAAGCACGGCAUUCAUCCAAGUUUAGUAGCUGACGUGCAUCAGUAUUUCUAUAGGCGGACUGGUGUAAUUGGAGUUCAGCCUGAAGAUGUCACAGCAGCAGCUAAAAAGGCAGUGAUGGACAACCGCCUUCAUAAGUGUCUAAUUUGUGGGGCCCUUUCAGAAAUCCAUGUUCCUCCAGAGUGGCUGGCUCCAGGAGGGAAGCUCUAUAAUUUAGCAAAAACUACCCAUGGGCAGCUAAGACCUGAUAAAAAUUAUAGUUUUCCCCUGAACAGUUUGGUAUGCUCCUAUAAUCCUGUAAAGGAUGUUCUUGUACCAGACUACAGUUUGAGUAGCUUGACUGCUUGUAAUUGGUGUCAUGGAACCUUGGUGCGUCGUGUCAGAAAUGAUGGCUCUGUUGUGUAUUUGGAUGGGGACAGAACUAAUACUAGAUCUGUAGGGGGCAAGUGUGGUUGUGGAUUCAAGCAUUAUUGGGAAGGGAAAGAAUAUGACAAUCUUCCUGAAGCUUUUCCUAUUACUUUAGAGUGGGGUGGGAGAGUGGUGAGAGAGUCUGUGUACUGGUUCCAGUAUGAAAGUGACCCAUCUCUGAACAGCAAUGUGUAUGACGUUGCAAUGAAACUUGUUACUAAGCAUUUUCCUGGAGAGUUUGGUAGUGAGAUUCUUGUUCAGAAAGUUGUCAAUACAAUAUUACAUCAAACAGCCAAAAAGAACCCUGAUGAUUAUACACCUGUAAAUAUUGAUGGUGCUCAUGCCCGAAGAGUUGAUGAUGUUCAACAUGGACAAGACAUAGAAUCUCAGCUUCCAACCAAAAUUAUUCUUACUGGACAUAAAACAAAAACAUUGCACAAAGAAGAGCUAAAUAUGAGUAAAACUGAAAGAACUAUUCAGCAAAACAUUGCAGAACAGGCUCCUGUAAUGCAAAAACGAAAAACUGACAAAUUAAAGCAGGCACAGAAAGGGCCAGUUAGAACUGCUUCCCCCGGUGUUGUUCCUGAUGGGCCAUCAUCAGCACCUGCUACACCAACCAAGACUCCUUAUUCCCCAACAUCUACAAAAGAAAAGAAAAUACGAAUAACCACAAAUGAUGGGCGGCAGGCAAUGCUUACUUUGAAGUCCACAACCACAUUUUUAGAGUUACAAGAAAGCAUAGCUAGAGAAUUUAAUAUUCCUCCUCAUUUGCAAUGUAUUCGCUUUGGUUUUCCUCCCAAAGAGCUUCUUCCACCCAAAGAAGGACAGGAAAAUGAACCUGUUCCUUUGCUGCAUGGUGACAGAAUAACCAUAGAGAUCCUUAAAGCAAAGGAAGAUAGUAGCCAGUCUGCUUUGGUGCACUCGUCCCAUGCUGUGAAACAUGAUGAUGCUGCAGUUACUAGUAAAAUCUCUUCCAAGGAACUCCAAGAGCAAAUUGAUAAGGAAAUGUACUCACUGUGUCUUCUGGCAACAUUUAUGGGAGAAGAUGUUUGGUCAUAUGCAAAGGGGCUUCCUCACUUGUUUCAGCAAGGUGGUGUGUUCUACAAUAUAAUGAAGAAAACAAUGGGUCUGGCUGAUGGGAAGCAUUGCACUUUUCCACAUUUGCCUGGUAAGACCUUUGUGUACAAUGCUGCAGAAGAUAGAUUGGAACUUUGUGUGGAUGCUGCUGGGCACUUCCCAGUGGGUGCUGAUGUGGAAGACUUGGUUAAGGAGGCACUAAGUCAAGUACGAGCAGAAGCUUCUUCAAGGAGCAGGGAAGCAAGUCCUUCGCAUGGGCUUCUAAAACUUGGUAGUGGGGGAGUAGUUAAAAAGAAGUCAGAGCAACUUCAUAAUGUAACUGCAUUUCAGGGCAAAGGCCAUUCUCUGGGAACUGCAGCUGGAAGUCAACAACUUCAUCAAAGAGGAGCAAGGGAAAGUCCGCUUACAAGAAAACAGAGUAUAGGCACAGACUUCAGUCCUGGUUCUGCUAAAUCUGAGCCUUCUGUUAACAGUGAGCUUAUACGGAUAGCUCCUGGAGUAGGAACAAUGAGAGACAGCAGGCAGCUUGACCCUAAUUUGAUUGAGGCACAGCGAAAAAAAUUGCAGGAAAUGGUUUCUUCAAUUCAGGCUUCAAUGGACAGGCACUUGCGGGAUCAGAAUGCAGAGCAAUCAUCAGCACUUGAUUUCUCACAAAGGAAAUUGGAGGUGGCGGGUUCUUCUGCAAAAACUAGAAGCCCUCAGACUAGUGUGUCUGAAUCGUUUUCAAGUGGCAGCGGACAUUUGAAUGCAGAAACUGAUAGUAACAUGUCAAAUGCAGUGGAAGGAACAUUUCCCACAAGAUCAAAAGCGCAAAAGGGAAAUUCUGUUGAAGAGCCUGAAGAGAUGGAUAGUCAAGAUGCGGAAAUCACUAAUACAACUGAGCCAAUGGAUCAUUCAUGAAUAGUUAAAAGGGGAUAAAGAUACAAGAGAUUACUGUGCAAAUGUAACAUUUAUUGGCAGGGCCACAAAAAACUAGUUCAUUGAAUCUUGUAUGUUUCAAAGAUUAUAUCUUACUCAUUGCAUGAUAGCAAAUGUGUGAUAGAAAAUAGCUUUUACUAUACCAUUCUGCUGCCCAGGUUAGCUCUCAGUUACCUGUAAACUAGUUCUUAGGAUAUGCACUGAGAUGAAUAUCUGCUGUAGAUGUGGGUUAUAAUUUUUUGUAAUUUUUAUUUCCAUUAAAGUCUUAAUGUUGCAGCCCAUUUGAGAUCCUUAUUAGGUUUCUAAGACUGAUAUGUGAAAAUAAACCCUGACAAAUGUAAAGUGUGUUGUCAGAUAAUGAUCCAUUCAGAAAUACAGCAUAAAAAGACAUUCCCUCAGAUAUGAAUUCUUUGGAUUUAUUUACAUUUGUCAGGUUUCUCGAAAUAUAUAAGGAUAUUGAUUUGAUAUUUUUUUGAAGGUUCUGCAUUUAAGGACUGAUAGUGAAAAAGGUAAUAUAGUAUAAGAUGAAGCAACAGUGAUGUUAAUGCAUGGCAGUCUGAGCCAGCACAGCUUUUCCACUACCCUGUUGGCAAGUGAUUGCAUGUUAGCUUUGAGUUGGUUAGGUAUUAUGGCGUGCUUUCACAUUGCAAAGACAGUUAUAAGCAAGUAUUUAAAGAAAUUGCAGCAGACCAGUGAAUUGGUUUAAUGCAGGAAGAUUUUGAUAAGUAUCAGUUAUCUUGGGGGAGACUAUUAAGAUUUUCUGAGCAUGUUGCUUAAUGGAAUUUAGGGGGAAGGAGUUUCAUCAGAGGCUUUUCAGUGGUAUAAUAAAAACUGGGAUUGGGAAAUUUUUAGUGUUUGUUGUGAUGCAAGCUUUCUGCACCAGUUUGAUUAAACUGUCAUCCACUUAAACAGCAUAUUCAUCAGAUCUAUAGUGCUAAAGUUUAAGAAGCAGCCAUUGUGUUUGCUCUGUAAAGAUGGAAUAUUUAUCUUGAUACUGAUAUUGCACUUUUGCCUCUUUGCAUAUUUCUAUUUUAUGUGCAUUAUUACUGCUUCAUCUGAUGAAAAUAAAUUUGAAAGGAUGCAGUACAAAAGACAUGGAAUUCUCAAGUGCUUAGUUACUGACACCAGUAACAAAGUGUUGAGCACCCACAAAUUUUACCUAGCCCACAAAUAUUGAGUUCAUGUUAUAAAUGUUUGUAUUCUGAAAAUAUGGUCACUCUUCCUGCAUUUAUAAUCGCACAAGAAAAUUCUAAACAACACUAUUAUUAAAUAUCCCGAGUAAGAGGUCUAUUUUUUAUAUGAGAAAUUAACUGAAGGUUGUAACUUCCUUUGGUCUACUAAAAUAUAUAUUAAUCCAUUCAAACAUCAUUUUUGCUUUUCUUAUAUAGGGAAUGCCUAUUUUAUUAUCUAGUGCCCUGUUUAUAUACAAGCAUACAAAUCACACCUUCACAAUAAACAAUUUUAAAUAUAUAAUUUCUUUCUAAGUUUGUGUUGCUUACUUUUGUCAAGGAACGAACGAUGUGACUACAAUUGAUCUGUGGCUUGUUGAAGAACAAUAUGUUCUGUGCUGUAUAUUAACCCCCCCUCCCCGGUUGCUUUAAGUAUUUAGCUAUGACCCAGAAGCACAUUUAUGCAUGAAUGAGGGCAGAGGGGAUGUGUUCUGACACACCAGCUGCCCAUUACCAGAUUUCAAAGGUAGCUUUUGAUACAUUGUGAGAAGUCUGUCAUACUGAAAAAGAAUGCAGCCCUGUUGUUUCUGGCAAUAGGGCCAGCUAUACUAGAGAUCUAAAUUUGUUCUGCAUCUGGAUUAACAGCUAUGGUUUCCAUUUAAAAAGUUUUGGGAAUACAGUAUUAGUUUGAGAAAAUUCUUUGGGACUCUCCAGCACUUUUACAAAACUACAGUUCCAAGAUUCAUUUGAGUGAAAACCAUGGUGUUGAAGCCGGUCUAAAAUUUGGCUUGAAUUUACAAUAUUAAUAAGCAGCCUGAUGGCUGACCUUAGUCUAUAGGUGCAUUAAAAUACUGGUGACUCUGCUUUCUCAAAAUUCACAUGUAAGUAAGCAAAAGGUUACAUCUUGUCAAAAGCCUUUUCACUUGCAGUAUAGUUUAUAGUAUUAUGAAUUUAGAACUAUCUUCUUCCUGUUGAGAAGAUGAUGGCUGAAUGUACUGUUUUAUCAUCUCUUUCGUGUGAAAUGAAAAUCAGUCAGUGGAAUGAAAAUAUUGGAACACUUGGAGCUGUGUAGAAAAUAACUACUAUGCUAAAACUGGGGGGGGGGUGCAGUUGUAUUCAAUUUUACAGUUGUGUACCAAUAAUCUCAAUCAAAAUUGCAUUAAGUACUAUACAAGUUCUGUUGAGUUUAGUGGCACUUAGUUGCAACCAUUAGUUGCAAGUGUUCACCAAGUGAGCUUAAAUACAUGGAGCUAGUCAAGGAAUUAUCUCUUUAAUGAUGGAUAGGCAAAUAUAAAACAAAUUUCUGAGAAAUGUGGAACUAGAGAGGACAAUGUUAAAGACCUGUAGGAGAAGUUUACUUUAGAAAUUACCAAGUUCCAUAUGCAUUAUUCACAUCAGGUUUUUUGAUGUGUAUUUGAUUCCCAGUUUAACAAUUAGACAAUGGAUUUAUCAAAUCAAGGAUUGCUAUCUUCUGCUUUGUCUUAGAGGUUGAACAUACUUUGUUCUUCAACAGCCAAGCAGUUCUAUAGACUUACUAUGAAUGUAAACUAGAUCUGUAGCACAGGGACAUUUAUUACCUUGGUUUACUUAAAGGGGGAUUAGACCCUUUACAAUCAGAGAAUAAAAAACAAAAUUAAAAUUAAGUCCUUGUUGAAAACUGCUGGAAUUAAAGCAUACUUACAGCUUUCCAUUCAUAUGUAAAAUUAACAUUGUUGUUGAUAUAUGUUUUUAAUAUUCUACUAUUUUCUAUUUCCAGGGAAACUUCACAUUUGGUUUUUAUUGCAGCUUUAAAAACUAACACGUUUGGUCCACUGCUGCAAAAAUUGCUCAGCAUAAUUUAAUUUUUAAAGUUUUCUUGUAGCCUAUUUCUUGCUAAGUUGGAAAAUAAAAUAGGAAGAUAUAACAAAGAUUCUGGUUUUGAAAAUGAUUGUUUUUUCUCUCUCCCCAUUCUGUGGUGUAUAUUAUUUCUGUUUUGCUUUAAGACUUCUAUAUAUCUCAUUAAAAGUAGCCUGUUACGGGAGAGUAUUUAGGAAUUGCCAUGUUAAGGCCCAGGCAUGGUUUCUCUUCUCUUAUUCAGUAAAACCUGCUGAUGUCUGUGCACUAACAACAGAACUGAAGGGGUAUAUAUUCAAGACAAAUGUUGCUGUAUUUGCUAAAAGGGAUAAAUCUGGAUGUGACUGCUGUAGAGUCCUUAAAUGAUAUUUUUUUGUCCAGCUGGGGGAAAGGGUGUAGGCCUUAUAUAUACCCAAAAAUUGGAUGGUGUGUAUCAUCUCUAAAUCCCAGUGAGAUUCAGAUAUGUGUGUUUAUUAGGAUCCUAACUUAGGUUACUUUUUCUUUGGAUCGUUUUGAAAUUAGGAACAUUGGAGUUCAGAAUGUGGUCUUAGUGUGGAGAAUGGCACUGUAAUCCAUCAAAACCUGUGAAUAUACAAAGAACUUUACAUUUUAAGAUGUUGCGUUUAAAAUUCUCUAAAGCAGAAUUCCUACUUAGUACCUAUGAUUGUAGUAAAGUUGUAAAACUGAACUUUGAUUGGUAUUUUUAGAUUUUAUUUUAAUGAGGAUUAUUGCCAAGAAGAGAAAUAGUGCACUUUUGGAAGUAACUAAUUUUUAAAAUGUAUAAAUAAGCAUCAGAACUGUAUAUAUUUAGGAAACCUUUUAAAACAGCAAGUGCUUUACAUAUUGAAUUUAAUUAGAUUAGCAAUGAUACCAUGUUCACAAUGCUGGCUGUUCAGCACAUUUGGCUUUUAUUUGUGAUUUGCUGUACUCAUUUGUUUUUUUAUCUGUAAUGUAACAAUAGUGUAUUAUAAUAGUGUAUUAUAUUACACUUUACUGUACAGUAUUUGGAAUUCUCUUUGAUUGCUAUAUUAAAAAUAUGAGCUAAA